AUGCGACGCUGUGAAAACGGGGCGAGCGGCGCGGCGACACUGCGUGCGGCGGGGGCGGAGGCGGGGGCGGAGGCGGAGGCGGCAGCCGCGGGGAGGCGCGGCCGCACCUGGCCGAGCCGGCGCGCGCGCGCGGGCCGCCGCCACGGCGCCGAGGACGCCCGCUACAUACACCUCAGCUUCCGCCUGCUCGCGCACCUCGCCUCCUUCGAGCAGGACCUGCAGAGCGAGAUCGAGAGCCACCGCGAUGUGUUCGCGUCGCUCAACGGGACGGGCCGCAAGCUGCUCAGCAGCCUCGCCUCGCAGGACGACGCCGUCAUGCUGCAGCGCCGCCUCGACGAGAUGAACCAGCGCUGGCACCACCUCAAGGCCAAGAGCAUGGCCAUCAGAAACCGACUGGAGAGCAAUUCAGAGCACUGGAACGCGCUUCUGCUGUCUCUGCGCGAGCUCAUCGAAUGGGUCAUCCGCAAGGACACGGAGCUCACUGGACUGGGCCCCAUAGGUGGAGACGUGCCCAGCCUUCAGAAGCAGCAGGAUGACCACCGCGCGUUCCGGCGCCAGCUGGAGGACAAAAGGCCGGUGGUGGAGAACAACCUGCUGAGCGGCCGGCAGUACAUCGCCAACGAGCCGCCGCUCUCAGACACCAGCGACAGCGAAGCGGGCCGCGAGCUGGACGGCGACUCCCGCGGCUAUCGCAGCGCGGAGGAGCAGGCGCGCGAGCUGACUCGCAGCAUCCGCAGGGAGGUGAACAAGCUGUCCGACAAGUGGAACGCGCUCAUCGACCGCUCGGACCAGUGGCAGCGGAAGCUCGACGACAGCCUGGCGAAGAUGCGGAUAUUCCAGAAGAAUAUGGAUGACUUGGUUAGUCGUAUGACUGCUGCAGAAGCAAUUCGGAAUAGCUGGCAAGUUCCAGUUGACAUCACAGAUAUUGGUGAAAUGCUUGAACAGCUACAGAAAUUUGGUGAACGCCUUGGCCCAAUACAAAGGACAAUAGAUGAUGUAAAUGACCAGGCAGCUAUAUUCUCAGCUAAUAAUGUUCUGGUGUCACCAAUUUUCUUAAGUCGCCUUGAAGAUCUAAAUGGCAGGUGGAAAGUUCUUCAGAUAGCUGUGGAUGAACGUUAUAAGCUGCUCAAUGAUUUUGGAAAGGAAGGAGCACCACCUAAUCAGGCUUUCCUGGCAGCUUCUGUGGAGGCACCGUGGGAGCGUGCGAUCACUGCGAACAAAGUGCCUUAUUAUAUAAACCAUCAGUUGGAGACUACACACUGGGAUCACCCCAAGAUGAUUGAACUCAUGAAUUCUCUGACAAAUCUAAAUGAAGUUCGAUUCUCUGCAUAUAGAACAGCAAUGAAACUCCGUACUGUUCAGAAGCGCCUCUGCUUGGAUCUCCUGAACCUGUCAUCAGCACUUGAUUCAUUUGACUCACAUGGAUUGAGGGCCCAGAAUGACAAACUGAUAGAUGUUCCAGACAUGGUUACUAUCUUGUCAUCAUUAUAUGACCUAAUGGCAGCUGAUAAUCCAACACUGGUGAAUGUUCCUCUUUGUAUUGAUCUUGCUAUAAACUGGCUGUUGAAUGUGUAUGACAGCCAACGUACCGGCCAAAUUCGUGUGCUGUCUUUCAAGGUUGGCCUUGUCCUUCUGUGCAAAGGACACCUUGAAGAGAAGUAUAGAUAUUUGUUCAGGCUUAUUGCUGAUCCUAAUCGGCAAGUAGACCAACGGAAAUUGGGGCUGUUACUGCACGAUUGUAUCCAGGUACCUCGACAACUGGGAGAAGUUGCUGCCUUUGGUGGAUCCAACAUUGAACCAUCUGUGAGAAGUUGUUUUGAGAAAGCAGGAAAGGAGAGAACAACUAUAGAGGCUAUCCACUUCUUGAACUGGUUGCAACAAGAGCCACAGAGCAUGGUAUGGUUGCCAGUUCUCCAUCGACUUUCUGCUGCAGAAACAGCAAAACAUCAAGCUAAAUGUAAUAUAUGUAAAGAAUAUCCUAUUGUUGGAUUUAGGUACCGCUGCUUGAAGUGCUUCAAUUUUGACAUGUGUCAGAACUGUUUCUUUUCAGGAAGGAAGGCUAAGAACCAUAAACUUACACACCCCAUGCAAGAAUACUGUACAGCUACUACAUCCGGUGAAGAUGUCCGUGACUUCACACGUGCUCUACGCAACAAGUUCAAGUCUAAGCGAUACUUCAAGAAACAUCCGAGAGUAGGCUACUUGCCAGUCCAAACAGUUCUGGAAGGAGAUGCUCUGGAGAGUCCUGCACCAUCACCUCAACAUUCAACCCUCAGCCAGGACAUGCACUCUCGUCUAGAAAUGUACGCAUCGCGGCUGGCAGAGGUGGAAUUGCGAACCAGGAGUAAUUCUACCCCUGACUCAGAUGAUGAACAUCAGCUGAUUGCCCAGUAUUGCCAGUCGCUCAAUGGAGGUGAAAGUGUCCCAGUACCUCGCAGCCCAGUACAGAUUAUGGUUGCAAUUGACGCAGAGCAGCGAGAAGAACUCGAGGCAAUGAUAAGGGAACUGGAAGAGGAAAACGCGUCCUUGCAGGCAGAGUACGAACGUCUUCGUGCUCGCCAGACACCUGGGUCAACCCCAGAGGAAGCUAGCCAGAUGCCGAGUACUAGUGCUGGAGGCGCAGACAUGCUGGCUGAGGCAAAACUGUUACGUCAACACAAAGGCCGGCUCGAGGCUCGCAUGCAAAUUCUUGAGGACCACAACAGGCAGCUUGAAGCACAGUUGCAGCGUCUGCGACAGCUCCUUGAUGAGCCAAGUUCUGGUUCACCAUCAAAGACGGGAACCCUGCAGACACGAUCAGUUACUGCCUCCCAGCUGGCAACAGAUUCUCCAGCAAAACUGAAUGGUCAUUAUCAAGACUCUCCAGGUGGUCGCUGGGUUGAUGGUGGUAGGAGCAGCCUCGAUCGUGCAGAUAUGCGGCCUCCCCCACCCCCCGCUACACACAACAUGGCUUCAGCUUCUGCAUCCACUGCACAGAAUGUGGGUAAUUUGCUUCAUAUGGCAGGAGAUUUGGGGAAAGCAGUUGGCGAGCUUGUGACAGUGAUGACAGAUGAUGAACCACAUUUGGGCCCACAGGAUGAUGACAAUGAUAAUCAAGCUGACCAUGGUUCAGCUAGGCAGAAUAAAAAAUGACAUCAUUUUAAGACUCUGUAAUAAACGUUCAUAUCAGACAGCUAACUUUUAUAGCUGUCCAUGUCAGGGUGUGAUUUCCUUUUAAUUUUGUAAGUUAACCAAGGGCUGAUAAUCAAUCCAAUCAUUCAGUUUUAAUACAGUGAGAACUAAAUGUCCACUCACAAAGAAAUUUGGGAUGAAUUCUUUUUCACUAUUGCUCCAAAAUUCCAUAUUAAACUGAAAUCAGCUUUGCACAAAAUACAUCACACGCGAAAAAAUUAUUUAGUGUAGUGUUACAUACCUGAAUUAAUGUUGAACUUUGAAACCAAAACACAUCCUACGUAACAUAUCUUCAUGAAGGAAACAUAUGGUUCCUUUAUUAAUACUAUCAGAUAGAGUAAGUUUAAUCUUGUUAAUGUGUAACCACAGAUGUAUCUUUGUAAAUAAAUGACCAAAGUACUGCAGUCACUUAUAUAUUCAGUACAUAAAUGUGCACAUUCAAAAAUCAUAUAUAUUCAUAGUAACAUCAUAAUAAGGGAGACUUACAAACUGCUUUGUAAUAAUUUCAAAGUGAUCUAAAAUUGCACAAACUGGUAUUGUCUAACUUCUUUCGCUGUUAGGCCCUCCAUAGCGAUAUGCUGUAUGGUUCUAUGUAUGUUUGUUGCCAUUAGAGUAAUAAAUGUGUUAGCUUUUGAGAGAUAAUUGUUUGAUUGGAAAGGACUUUAUAUUGUCAUUGCAACUUGCAGUAAAUUUAAGUACAGCAGAGGAAAAGCUUAUGAAUAAUAUGUACUGAAAGAAAAAUUGAACAGAUGCAAACUCUGUAUGGUGAGAAAAUAAAUGUGGCACAAGCUGCUGUAGUGUUAUUAUUAAUUGCAGAAUGUAAGACAAAAAGAUUUGUGAAUUAUCUGCAGUGGUGGUUAUAUAGCACAUAUCUUCGAUGUUGACAUUUUCAUUGCCAAAUUGAACUAUUAUUUUGAUGAUAUUAUUUUAUUUUAUUAUAUGCAAGUCUUUCUCGAAUGAGUAGUGAAAAUAAUUCCCUCUAAUUUGCGGUAUUUCGUAGAAGUUUAAAGCUGUUGUUAUAAAUAUGGAAAUUAACUAUUCGUGUUUAGAAUCGCUUACAUACAAAACCCAAUAAUGAUAUUGUAAAAUGUUUCUAGUUAAAUAUACAAAUGGAAUUUGUUUCUUUCCCAGAUUAUAAUGAGUAAAACUACAGCUUUUGGUAUUUAUUCCUGAAAAAUAUACCUAUUCACAACAUAUCACCUCUAUGACUAUUUUAAUGAAACUGAAUAAAGUAUUACAUAUGUGAAUGGUACUAAUAAAUAUAAGUAACUAAUGCAAUGUCACAUCAUUUCUAAAAAAAGAAAUGGAAUAAUGGUACUACUUUUUUUGUAUACUUGUCCCUAUUGUAGUGUUAAUGUUAUUUUGACUAUGCAUGUCACAUCCACAUUUUCUCAAUUUUUACAUUUGUGCAUUUAAUGCCACUAUCAUAUUUUUCUGAAGUAGUAUUAUUCACUUAUACAGUUAUUGCCCUUCUGAGAAAAAUGGUAAAUAAAGUUAUGUACUGGCAUUAAUUCAGAGUUUUUGGUGAAGUGAAGCAAUCAGUCACAGUAGUUUUGAGGAAUAUAAGCUCUGGAAAAAGAUACAGGAUACUGGUCACUCCCAUAAGUUAGCAGUGGACAUGUUUAUUUGAACUGUCUCACAGCGACUAAUUACAAAUACUAGAUUUUUUUACCUGCAAUUGUCUCUAUGGAAUAUGUGGAUGUAACAUGCCGAAUGUGAUUGCUGUAGUAGUUUGUAAUGAAAACAAUUGACUGAAUACUGUAUGAUGGUGUGCCAUACAUAGAAAUAAAUACAUUAAAGGAUCAAAAGUGAAUAAAUGUGGAUGGAGUAAAGCUAAUAUAUCUGUUAAGAGAAAAUUACAUUUUCACUGUACAUGUACCGGUAUUCCAAAACAAAGUUUUUGUGGUCAAUGUUUCCUUUCAUAGGAGUAUAGAGGUCUUCAUUCCACCUUCUGUUUGUAUACUAUUUUCAUGUUGAUUCUGAGUUCAGAUCUUGUCAGUAUUUGCUCUCUUCUGGAACUCAAAGUGAAAAAGAAGAGUGGCUAUUUUAAUAUUGUAUGCUGUGUUAAUACAUUUGUAACAUGUAUAAAGGGGAUUUCAUUUUCCAGUCUGACAUAUGUUCUUGACUGUAAUCACAGUUGAAAAUCAUCUUUUUGUUGGUACUUUCAUAUUUGAUGCUUUCAUUUCUGGAUAUUACAUACACAGUAAUUAUUCAUUGAAAAAGUCACAAAAUAAUCCAAAAAUAAAUAAUUAUUCAUACAUUUAUGUCAAAUGGAUCACACACAGCCAUAUUACUGAUAUUUCAUGCCAUGUAAGUACACUGGGUCUGGAAAGCUGUUGGCAAAAAAUCCCUGAUACACAUAUACUGCUGACAUUUCAGUGUUGAAAAAAUUGGAGCUGGGUUGCAGUUUUUGUUUUAAUUUGCCAACUGUAAACUGAAAAUUAUUUUGAACUGUAAAGGCAUUCUAAUGAAGAAUAUGUUAAAAAUUAUCUGUAGAUGGCAUACCAUUUCCCCAUGUCUCAUACAUUUCAAUGAUCAUAUCAAAUUGAUGGAUACCAUACCAUGUAAUUACUAGGAUAGAAUGUUAGUAUUAUUUUACUGUAAUACACAUUUAACAGUGAAACUUUUAUAAAAUACACAUUGUUCCAGGCAAUUUUACUGUUAAUGUUUGCAAAAUUUCCAAAUGUAUUAGUUGGAAGAUAAUUGAUAUCUUUAUUGAAUAUAUGUCAACACGGUUAAUUAUAAGGCCUGGCAUUAGAUUUGUGGGUACAGAAAAUGCAUACCAAUUCAAAGCAGCUGUAGAUAUUUGUACUUCAAAUAUGUAACUGUUACGUAUCAUAAUGGAUUAUGUUUUGCCAAAAGCUUCAAUGUUUGUUUAGUCAGGCCUAUAAGUACAUGACUUUUGCCCAUUAAAUUGCUUUGAAAUUGUGCAUUAGGUAUGACAUUCCUAGGUAAUUUAGAGACGAGUGCUUUACAUUUCAUUCACAUUGCUACAAUGUAUAGAAAAAUGUUUUGUUUGUAAUUUUUUUUUAAAAAAAUGGGAUCACUUUAGAUUGUAUUUGUAGAAGAUUUUUUUUUUAUUUUUUUAAUUUAUGAUUCUGCAUUGAGAACGUGCAACUGAUUUCAGAAUGUGUUGAAUUGUUUGAGAAAUUU